AUGUCCAACCCCUUCUCAAUAAACGGUGGUGCCUGUGUUGCCAUGGUCGGCAAGGACUGUGUCGCCAUCGCCUGCGAUCUCCGCCUCGGUCUCCAAGCUCUGACUGUCUCCAACAACUUCCCCAAGAUCUUCAACUACGGCGAUGUAUACCUCGGCCUGACUGGUCUCGCCACCGACGUCCAGACUGUCAGCGAACUGUUCCGCUACAAGGUCAACAUGUACCGCCUGCGCGAGGAGCGCCAGAUCUCACCUCAGACCAUGGCCAACUUGGUUUCAUCUUCCCUAUACGAGAAGCGCUUCGGCCCAUACUUUAUCAGUCCCGUCAUUGCCGGCAUCAACCACACUACCGGAAAGCCCUUCAUCUGCGGCUUCGACAGCAUCGGCUGUAUCGACUUUGCGAAGGAUUUCAUCGGCCCUGAGGAUCUCUUCGAAACCAUCUCACAAGCUCUGCUCAACGCCGUCGACCGCGACGCUCUUUCGGGUUGGGGAGCACACGUCUACAUCAUCGAGAAGGACAAGGUCACCAAGAGACUGCUCAAGGGCAGACAGGAUUAG